GGAACCCAAACCACCUCGGCCGGUCGGCCCACGGGCCACGACCCAAAAAAGGAUCAAGGUGGGAGAAACAAAACACAAGGCGGCGUCCGCAGCUUCCCCACUCCACGUUCCGUGUUUCCGACUCCGGUGACUCCACCACCAGCAACCCGUGCAGCGAGCGCACUCCGACCAUCGCCAUGUCGAGGCGCGGCGACUGGGUCUACGAGAACAACGGCGGGACCUGCGUGGCCAUCGCCGGCGCUGAUUACUGUGUCGUCGCUGCGGACACCCGCCUCUCUGUAGGAUACAGUAUCCUCACGCGUGAUCACUCCAAGAUCUGCGACCUGUGAGUCCCCGGACCCAAUCGCGUGCUUCGAUCUGCCCGUCUGGGCUUUAGGGUUUGUGGAUUGCGAGACACGAGUGGGAUUUUGGUAUAGCGCGGGCUCAGAUUGUUGGGUGGUGAGGCUGGAUUCGUUGCAGGAUUUGGUGCUGCCGCUGGUGGAUUUAGCUAGGGUUUGGUGUUUGGAGGAUCGGGUCCGAAAUUGUGGUGGAAAUACCUUGCAUUUUUACGUCUUUUUUUCGUUUGCCUGAUAGUUCUUCGUUAAUGACUAGUUAAUUCAGUGUGCCCUCUGUGAACGAGAAUGUUUGACUGGCUUGCUACUCUGGUAUGAUCUCUAGUUCAUAAAUUUGCUUACGUUAAUAAUGCUGAGCACAGUGGGUUAUAUGUGGUUCAUUCUUACUAGUGCUAGCUUUAGUUCGUGUGUUUGCUCUUUCAUUCAUAUGACUAAAUCCUUGUAGAACAGUGGGUUAGAUGCUGCUUUCUUCAUCAUAAGAGUAUCAUUCCUUGCUAAACAAACUUCUGGUUUUGGCAGAUGAGCAAUGUAUUAACAUAUUAUUGUAGGAACUAGGAAGGGAGAUGUAAGUCUGACAUUUAGGUUUGCUCUUAUAUGUGUUGAAUUGCUUGGAUUCCACUGUUUUGUCUCCUCAAGAUUUACAAUGAGAAUAGCUGUCAAUCGUGUGGUUUGCUGGUGCUGUUUCCAGACAGUGAAGUUGUUUGGGUUCUAGAAGUAAAGGAGCCCCUCUUUUCUGUAUGUUAUAGGGGAUUUGUUUUAGCUGGCGUUUACAGUUUAAAUUCUUACAUGUGGUUUCUCUAUAAUUUGGUUGCUUUUGUAGUUGCUAAGCAUAUAGAAUUCUCAUGGGCCCACAACAUAUGGCAUUGAUACUCUCUUCAACAGUCUCCUCUAUAUUUCUUCCCCUAUAUCCCACUACCCCGUCACGUCAGCAAUCUCUCUUCCCCUAUUUCGCUACCCUCUACAUCGGUUCCCCUUAAAUUCUCCCCCUAUACACUACUACCUCCAUAAAAUAUCAUUUUAAUUUUUAAAUAAUAAAUACCUAUUUAUUAUCCAUUACCAAUUUUUCAUCCACUAACAAACAUUGCCAUGCACGCGCAUCGAGGGAAGGGGUCUGGUUGCCGCACCUCCACAUCUGGUGGUGUCCUGUGCAAGUGCUAGCAGUGUCGCACAGUAGGGGGGGAGGUAGGGGGAAGCGGUGCAUGCUUUGGCGUGAGACUGUAGCCCCUUCAGGUGUGAAGGGGGACUGACUGCGGCAAACGUUGAAGACGGUCUGAUAUACUUAAUAGUGGUAAUGAAAUUUGGGUGUGCCCUGUUGUGGAAAAAACGAUUCACAGCAAGUCUUGUAACCUCUUAAACCAGUACACUUCUUUUCAUAUUAUUGGAUUAUCUUAACUGUAUUUUUGUUAACAUUUGUUCUUAACAUGCCAGGCAAUAGGUCCAGUUCACUUGUCCUAUUUGUGUAUAAUACUAUAAUUUGUUUUCGGCAGGCUUUGAUCCAGAGUUAUGCUUUUGUUUGAUGUACCACUCUUAUUUUGUGAGUGUUGUUGGAUAACGUUAUAAUGUACACUUACAUACUGGUUUGUAUCACUACUGAUAUACAUAUGGCUUACUAAUGAUCAAGCUGAAGAUGGUUGGGAUCUUUUUUGUGUGCCCAGUUUUAGGGUGAGCAUGUUACGCUAAAACUGUGGUGUGAAAGAGCGUCUGAUGGCUAUUGUUAAUUAUAACCCAAUACUUUUCAAAUUAUAGGUUUUUGCUCUGCAAACUUGUUUUAUCCUUUGCUUGAGUGCCCAUAGAUGCACAACAAGAACCAUAAUUAAAGUGAGUGGUGCAUAUAUGAUAACUCAAUUCUGUUUUGUUCAGUAUUGACACUACUGUGUGGAGGUUGCUAAGCUUUCUUUGAUUAUUAUGUACUUUAUGAGAAAGAUGGUUAUCAGCUACUCCCUCCAUUUCAAAUUGGCUGACAAAUGUGUACUGGCAUCUUCUGGCUUUCAAGGUGAUAUUAAGGCUCUGCAGAAGAACCUAGCUGCCAGAGAAUUGCUGUACCAACACCAGCAUAAUAAAAGGAUGAGCUGCCCCGCCAUGGCACAGCUCCUCUCCAAUACCCUGUACUACAAGCGAUUCUUCCCAUAUUACGCCUUCAAUGUGCUCGGUGGGCUUGACAGCGAGGGGAAAGGAUGCGUUUUCACCUAUGAUGCAGUAGGUUCCUAUGAGAGAACCGGUUACAGUGCUCAGGGAACGGGAUCUACUUUGAUCAUGCCAGUCCUGGACAAUCAACUAAAAUCACCAAGUCCUCUAUUACUCCCUGUCAGGGAUGCUGUCACACCAUUGUCGGAGUCAGAGGCCAUCGAUCUAGUUAAGGACGUGUUCGCAUCUGCAACUGAGAGAGACAUCUACACUGGAGACAAGUUGGAAAUUGUAGUCAUUAACAAGGCCGGUACUAUGCGCGAGUAUAUCGACCUGAGAAAGGAUUAAGCCAACACUUCAGUUGUGCUGCAGCUGUCAUUUGCUUUGAACUUUUUUUCCUAGUCUGGUGAUUUAUGUCUAAAGCUGUUGCUUCAUAGGAACACUUGUGUUUACUUGCAUAUGUAAUGUACGGUAUGUACCAGGAUUCAGUGAGUUUUUUUUCUGUUGAAACAAAUUGCUUGGAUACUGAAACACUGUAUUUAUUGCCUGAA